GCAUUGUUUGGGGCUCGCUCGCGGGUGUCUGGGUUGCUUUUGGUUGCGAAGUGCGAACCAUGGCUAGCCCUUGCGUCCUUUUGAUGUGCUCGCUGCUGCUGCUGCUACUCCUAGAGAGGGCGUGUGCCCAGGAAACCCCACUGACAGGGAUUGCGGAUAUCUGCUUGCAGCCACGCCUUGAAGGACCCUGUCGGGCCAUACAUUUCAGGUGGUAUUAUGAUAGAUACUCACAAACCUGCAAGGAGUUUACAUAUGGGGGCUGCCAAGGGAACGACAACAAUUUCUUAGAUUUUACAGAGUGUUCAGAAAAAUGCAAAUGGAUCAAAAAAGUGCCAAAAAUAUGCAGGCUGGAAAGUGAGCCAGGAAUAUGCCGAGGUUACAUUGCAAGAUAUUUCUUUAACCUCAGAACGAUGAGAUGUGAAAAGUUUUAUUAUGGAGGAUGUUUUGGAAACGAAAACCGAUUUGACAGCCCAGCCACCUGCAUGGACUUCUGUUUGCCAAGAAGAACUGCUCCUUCAUUUUGUUACAGUCCAAAAGAAGAAGGAUCAUGUUCAGCUUCAGUCUCUCGCUUUUAUUACAAUACUAGGACAAAAACAUGUGAGAGCUUCACCUACACUGGCUGUGGUGGCAACAAUAACAACUUUGUCACAGAAAAAUCCUGUCUCAGGACGUGCAGGAGAAGAACAAAGAAGCAAAUGUCGUUGACCAAAGAACUGGAUGAAUACAAAAAUCUCUCCAGAAAAUGAAUGCUGCACAGUUUCCUAAAUAUGAGAAUCUGAACUAUUUGAAUUUACUGGAAGCUAUAAUUUAUUACCUUAUUAUAUACAGAAAAUAUUAUGAAUAUUUCUGAAAUAUAGGAAAUUACUAUUGUGUAAUUUUAAUUCAUUAUAAUACCAUUGAAGGCACA